AUGACUGUGAAGACUACGUGCUACGUAAUUCUACCUUUCCUUGUCACCGCCAUCUUCAUCGGAUCGAUGCUUCUUCCAGAUUUUCUCCAUUCAUACCACAGAGUUGGAGCGAUCGAGAAGACCACAAAGUUCGGAUACAAUGGACACCAAUCCAACCAAUCCAGGAUACGUUACAUCAUCUACCUCUGUGACGACGGACAAAUCUUGUGGAGGAUGGGCAGACAGACAACGAGGCAUAGCAGCUGCAUAUCUUCUAGCAAUUGUAACAGGACGACGGUUUGGAAUCAACAUGACCUACCCAUCUGAUAUUAAGCUCUUCUACAUCCCGAAUAUUGUCGACUGGUAUAUCAGAGAAAGCAAACUUCAGGGUUUAAGUAAGGAAUAUCUCCGAUGGAUGGACAAUAGAAAGGGGCCUAAAGACGUUAAUGGUGACUUCAACGUCAAGCACCCAAGUGAUGUCAUAUUUUUAAGAACAAAUAUGGAUAUUAUCACACUGAUUCAAAAGAGUCCACAAUAUGGUCAUCUAUGUUCCAAAAUGUUUAGAAACCCCAACCGUGGCAAAGUGUUUCACAUAAUUUGGCAUCUUCUCAUGAAGCCUUCUCUUCAUUUCGAGGAGCGAAUCGAUCUGUUUAUGAAUAAAUUACCAAGAACAGAUGAAUUAGUCUGUGCCCAUGUAAGAAUGAGGAGAAAUCCAACCAUUCCAAACGAUGGAGCUCAGAUCAAUUCCUUAUCCACUGUCAAACAUUUAUGGACGUUUCUAUCUAAAUUCCAAAACGCACGUCGUGUUUUCAUUGCUAGUGACUCCAUGGAUGUACGGAAAAGUGCCAGGAAAUAUUUUGGCGCCAGAGAAAUUGACAUUGGGGGAUUUGUGCUUCAUGUUGACCGACAGGGAAAGAAACCCAAUGCAGUUUGGGGCUUUGAGAUGGCUCUGCUGGACCAGGCUGUUCUAAGUCGCUGUCAGGUUCUCGUUGUUUCAAAAAGCGGCUUCAGUGUCAGGGCCGCCAUGAUGUCACACCUGGAUCAAGAACUUUAUGAGUUCAUUAAUGGCACGGUUACUCCAUAUUUUCGACUGAAAUCAAAGGUGUUCUAGAAGGCAUUUUUUUUCGAUUACCUGCAGCUGAAGUUACAUUCCAAUCAUUCCAGUUGUUCUCUGAUAAACUGAAGAAUAUUCCCGAUGAAAUAAUUCCCAAGUACUUUCGCCGUCAGUUCACAAUUAAAAUAAUGUAAAAAUAAAUAAUGCCAAGACUCGACGUAAUUUUAAACAAAGUAAAUGUCAAUCUUGGAAAACCUUGUUAUCACAAUUAAUUCGCGUAGAAAUUCUCGCAUUUAUCAUCUUAAAGAUGGACACAAUAUGUUAACAGAUACACGUUUGGUGAAACUUUAAUUACUCAUUCCCCUUCAUUCAAUAAUAUUCCAAAGUUUCAGAAAUAUAUAAAUCAUCAAGAAAAGUUGAAAAUUAACUUUCAUUCAGCAAAUGGUGAAGACUAUAAUGAAGUAUUUUUACUGCAAGAGCUGAAUACUGUCUUAGACGAAGCUCAUGGUACGACAACAGGAACUGAUAAUAUCCAUUAUUUACUCCUAAAGCAUUUACCCAAUGCAUGUCUUGAAACACUUGUGAACAUGGUUUAUCAUAUUUGGAUAACAGGGCACAUUCAUCCUUCGUGGCGUCAUGCCAACGUUGUACCGGCCGGGAUCAUUCAGAUCCAUGAAUCUAUAAACCUAUUUCACUCACUAGCUGCGUUUGCAAAACCAUGGAGCACAUGGUCAAUAAUAGAUAAGUAUGGUUUCCAGAAACUAAUAAUCGUAUUACAAACAUUCAAUGUUGUUUUCGCAAAUAUAGAAGCACUAUUUGCAAUGUGGUUCGACUAUAAUCAUUCGUUACAAAUUCCAUUGUAAAUAACCAGUAUGCUGUAUCAAUCGUUUUUGGCCUGGAAAAAGAUUAUGAUUUAACAUGGAAACAUGUAUAUUUUAAGAUAUUUGGACGGCUUUGUUCUGAGAGGUUGUUAGCCUCAUUUGAUAUCACAGUUUUUAGAAGAGAGACGAUUUCAAGGUCGUGUUCGAUCAACCCUGUCUGACCAUUAUAAUCAGGAUCAGGAUCAAUAAUCUCUCAAAAGUAUUAAAUAACUCAAUUGAAGGGUCUUUGCUUGUGGAUCAUUUCAGUGUCUCAUGUCGUAGUAAAAAUAUGCACACCAUCGAGAGACAAAUACAGCUGUGUUUAAAUAAGAUUCAUAAAUAGUCAUUUGAGAAUGGUUUUUAAAUUUUUACAAAUGAAAACCAAAUGUACACAUCUCUGUUGAAAAUAUAAACCGUAUAAGGAUCCCGAACUGUUUCUAGAUAGCCCUCCAACUGACGUUAUAAAGGAAGCCGCCUUUUGUGAUUAAUUUUCGACAAUCAUUUCACCUUUUUACCACAUUUCAAUUAUCUGAAACCAACUGCCUUUUAUCCACCAUUUAAAGCCGUCUCCAAUAUCACGGUUUGGAGGGGUUCAAACAACACUCCGUCACUUGUACGGAUCACCUUUCCGAUCCAAAUUGAUUACGGCUUGGAGCGUGGAAGCUUGGGGUUCGCGCCUGAGUGGAGCCGCCUCGGGUGCAGAUCUUGGUGGUAGUAGCAAAUAUUCAAUAUAUAUCUCACAUACCCAGAGGCAAUGAAAACGCAGUUGCAUUUUCAAAGGUCAACUUUAUUAACAUUGGAAAAUUACAAAGGAUUUGAUAUGUAUGUUAGCAAAGUCCAAACACAGUAAA